CGUCAGCGAGCACUGAGGACGAACUUUACACAACAAGAGAAGGAGAACCGACGACAGCGACGAGUCCUCGACGCUCUUCUCAAUUCGAGCGCGCCGCCCGAGACGACUAAUCCCGAUUACCCGAGCGGCGAAACGGGGAAGGAAGCCGAGGGACGCCUGAACGCGUGGCGAUGGACGGCGGAGGGAGGCGAGGGACCGACGGCUCCUUCAAGCGCUCGUCCGUCAAACGCAGCCCCUCGUCUGGAUCGCAGAGGCUGCAGAGAGCUUGGAUCGAGAAAACCUUCCAGAAGAGGGAAUGUGUGCACGUCAUCACGGGAAAAGACGCCAGCAGGUGCAGCUGCGGCCAGCCGGUGGCCCAGCACUCGGCGGUCCCGGCGCCCGGCGGUCAGGAGGAGGAGGGGCGGGGGGACGGUCCCCCGGAGCGCUGGACCCCCCUCAAACACACCCGGGCCGCGCCCACCGACGCGUACGGCGUCAUUGAGUUCCAGGAGGGCGGGCACGUCAACAAGGCCAUGUACAUCCGCGUGUCUUUCGACUCGAAGCCGGACGCCCUGCUCCAGCUGAUGGUGAAGGAAUGGUCGCUGGAGCUCCCCGCGCUGCUCAUCUCGGUCCACGGCGGCCUGCGGAACUUCGAGCUGCCCCCGAAACUGCGGCAGGUCUUCGGCCGAGGCCUCAUCAAAGCCGCCGUCACCACCGGGGCGUGGAUCUUCACGGGCGGCGUCAGCACCGGUGCCAUCCGCCACGUGGGCGACGCCCUCAAGGAGCACUCGUCCAAGUCUCGCGGCAAAGUGUGCGCCGUGGGCAUCGCGCCGUGGGGCAUCAUCGAGAACAAGGACGACCUCCUCGGCAGAGACGUGGCGCGGCCGUACCAGUCGAUGGGCAACCCGCUGAGCAAGUUGGCGGUGGUCAACAGCAGCCACUCGCAUUUCAUCCUGGCCGACAACGGCACGAGCGGCAAGUACGGCGCCGAGGUCCGACUGCGGAGGCAGCUGGAGAAGCACGUGGCGCUGCAGAAGAUCAACACGCGUCUGGGUCAAGGCGUCCCCGUGGUGUGUCUGAUCCUGGAGGGGGGCCCCAACGUGGUCUCCAUCGUCCUGGAGAGCUUGAGGGAGGACCCCCCCGUUCCCGUGGUGCUGUGCGACGGAAGCGGCCGAGCCUCGGACAUCAUCUCAUUCGCGCACCGAUAUUGCCAGGACGACGGGUCGGUGAGCGAGGGCGUGAAGGACCAACUCCUGGUGACCAUUCAGAAGACGUUCAACUACGGCCGCAGCCAAGCGCAGCAGAUCUUCCUCAUGGUCAUGGAGUGCAUGAAGAAGAAAGCUCUGAUCACGGUGUUCCGGAUGGGCAGCGAAGGCCAGCAGGACGUCGAGAUGUCCAUCCUCACAGCGCUGCUCAAAGGCACCAACGCGUCGGCGUGCGACCAGUUGAGUUUGGCUCUGGCGUGGAAUCGCGUGGACAUCGCUCGCAGUCAGAUCUUCGUGCACGGACACCGCUGGCCGCCAGGAACCCUGAGCGAGCGCCCCAAAAGUCCGGCGGCGGCACAGCGGGCGGCGGCCAAGGGGAAAGCUCGAGCGAAGAAAGGGAAAGCGGGAAAAAGCAAAGCGGAACCGCCGGAGGAGACGGACCCCCGGAAGCUGGAACUGCUCAGCUGGGUGAACUCUCUGGAGCAGGCCAUGAUGGACGCGUUGGUGUUGGACCGCGUUGACUUUGUGAAACUUCUGAUCGAGAACGGGGUCAACAUCCAUCAGUUCCUCACCAUCCCUCGUCUGGAGGAACUCUACAACACGAAGCUGGGACCGCCCAACACGCUGCACUUCGUGGUCCGAGACGUCAAGAAGGGGAACCUCCCUCCGGACUACCAGAUCACCUUGAUUGACAUCGGACUGGUUCUGGAGUUUCUGAUGGGCGGGGCUUAUCGCUGCCAUUACACCAGGAAGACCUUCAGGACGCUCUACAAUAACUUGUACGGCCUGAAGAGGCCCAAAGCCUUGAAGCUACUCGGCAUGGAGGACGACGAGCCUCGUCCCAAGGGGAAGGGCAAGAAGAACAAGAAGAAGGAGGAGGAGGUGGACAUCGACGUGGACGACCCCGAGGUGAGCCGUUUCCAGUACCCCUUCCACGAGCUGAUGGUGUGGGCCGUGCUCAUGAAGCGCCAGAAGAUGGCGCUCUUCCUGUGGCAGCGCGGGGAAGAGGCCAUGGCCAAAGCGCUGGUGGCCUGCAAGCUCUACAAGGCCAUGGCCCACGAGUCGUCCCAGAGCGAGCUGGUGGAUGACAUCUACCAGGACUUGGAGAAUAACUCCAAGGAGUUCGGGCAGCUGGCCUACGAGCUGCUGGACCAGUCGUACAAACGCGACGAGCAGGUGGCCAUGAAGCUGCUGACCUACGAGCUGAAGAACUGGAGCAACUCCACCUGCCUCAAGCUGGCCGUGGCCGCCAAACAUCGAGAUUUCAUCGCGCACACGUGCAGCCAGAUGCUGCUCACCGACAUGUGGAUGGGAUGUCUGCGCAUGGGCAAGAGCAACAGCCUCAAGGUGAUUCUCGGGAUCGUCUUCCCCCCCGCCAUCCUCCUGCUGGACUUCCGCAUCGGCGACGAGACGUCCUUCCACCCGUCCGGGGAGAACGACGGCGGCAGGAGCAAAGACGACGACAGCAAGUCCGGCAAAGACGGCGCCUCCAACGUGGACGUCGCAUCCAAGAAAGGAGACGAGGAGGAGCACCGGAAGAAGGGCAUUCCCAUCGGGAGGAAGAUUUACGAGUUCUACAGCGCCCCCUUCACCAAGUUCUGGUUCAACACGAUCUCGUACCUGGCGUACCUGAUGUUGUACAACUACAUCAUCCUGGUCAAGAUGGAACGCUGGCCCUCGCUCCAGGAGUGGAUCGUCAUUUCUUACAUCGUCACGCUGGGCCUGGAGAAGGUCCGACAGAUCCUGAUGUCGGAGCCGGGCAAGCUGAAGCAGAAGAUCAACGUGUGGCUGGAGGACUACUGGAACAUCACCGACCUGGCGGCCAUCUGCGUCUUCGUGCUGGGUCUGCUGCUGCGGCUGCACGACGAGCCCUACAUGGGCUACGGCCGAGUGGUCUACUGCGUGGACAUCAUCUUCUGGUACAUCCGCGUCCUGGACAUCUUCGGCGUCAACAAGUACCUGGGACCCUACGUCAUGAUGAUCGGAAAGAUGAUGAUCGACAUGUUGUACUUCGUGGUGAUCAUGUUGGUGGUCCUGAUGAGCUUCGGCGUGGCCCGCCAGGCCAUCCUGCACCCGGACGAGGAGCCCACCUGGCGCCUGGCCCGCAACAUCUUCUACAUGCCCUACUGGAUGAUCUACGGCGAGGUCUUUGCCGACUCCAUAGACCUUUACGCCAUGGAGAUCAAUCGUAAGCAUCGGCGUAAUCGGUCGCGGCACGGGAGAACAAGAUCGUCCGUCACGUUGGUUGUCGUGUGUGUCAGCUCCGUGUGGGGACAACCUGUACGACGAGGACGGCAAGAAGCUCCCGCCGUGCAUUCCGGGGGCCUGGCUGACGCCGGCCAUCAUGGCCUGCUACCUGCUGGUGGCCAACAUCCUGCUGGUCAACCUGCUCAUCGCUGUUUUCAACAACACCUUCUUCGAGGUGAAGUCCAUCUCCAACCAGGUGUGGAAGUUCCAGCGCUACCAGCUGAUCAUGACCUUCCACGACCGUCCCGUCCUGCCCCCUCCCCUCGUCGUCUUCCCCCACGUCUUCAUCCUUCUCAAGCGUCUCUGCUGCCGGUGCCGCCGCGACGAAGGCGACGACGCCCAGAGACGCCUCCAGCUUCUGCUGGGCACCGACGAGCUCAAGAAUCUCCACGAGUUCGAGGAACAGUGCGUGGAGGAGUAUUUCCGAGAAAAGGACGACGAGAAGCAGUCGUCCAACAACGAGAGGAUCCGAGUCACCUCGGAGAGGGUGGAGAACAUGUCCAUGCGGCUGGAGGAGGUGAACGAGCGCGAGCACUCCAUGAAGGCGUCCCUCCAGACCGUGGACCUGCGCCUGGCGCAGCUGGAGGAAUUCUCGGCCCGCAUGAUGAACGCCCUGGAGAAGCUGGCCGGUGUGGAGCGGCCGGACCCCGACCGCGCCGGAGGAACCGCUUUGGCGCGCGACGCCGACGUCGUCUCCCUGCGGCGCCACGGAAGCGCCGGCAGCGCGGACGGCGGCAGCCUCUACCGGUACCGGCCGGACCGCGACGACGACUCCUGGGCAGGCGCCAGUCCGGAGAGACGAGCGGCCGACGCCGCCGCCGCCCAACCGGCCUCCUGCCGGACUUUGGACAUCGGCCGGAGCCGAGACAGGAGCCGAUCCCUGUCCGGCGUGGACAUCCUCGUCUCGCCGUGCGACGCCGAGCGGGCUCCGCCGGCGCCAGACCGCCCCUCCCCAUCCGGAGUCGACACCAGCAACCACGGCGACGGGGACGAGGCGGACGACUGGAAGUUCCCCGCGCUGCGAUCCAAGAGUCUCAACAUCAACAGCAGCAAGAAAAGCAGGCCGCACGCCACGGAUGCGCCACGCGGGCCACUUUCGCCGCCGCCGCGUGCCAAGGUCGUCCUUCCCGACGUGCAGACGCACCAGAUCCUGGAUUAGGACUCUCGACAAGGGGCGGGCCUUCAAAACAAUGUUGGGGUUUGCAGUCCUGGCGUAGCACUUUAAAGAAGUACGGGAGUCGGUCGCCUUUGGAUGGAAAGGUUUCAAGCCAGACUCGGCAAACUUUUCAAAUCUGCUUUCAGCUUUCAAAUCCGGGAACUCUGAAGUGUGGGUCGUUUCCACGCGGCGUUGGCCUUGCCGACGACGUUUUGAAGGUGAAGUCGUACUUUGCGAUUCAUCUGGGAUAACAAAUCGCUUGCUGGAAUUCAUGCGGAGUUGGAUUCAAUCACCGAUGGUGUCGUGGUCCCCACGCCUGACUUUGGCGGGGGCAGCGCGGCUUCGGUCCCCGCUCGGCGACGGGCGUCCAAAUAUGCGCCCUGCGACCGAUCGGCGGCCAGUUGAGGGCGGCCUAAGAUUGCCGGGAUAGGUUCCGGCGCUCCUCGUGAGGAUAAGCGGCUCAGAUAGCAGAGGGAUGUAAAUUGGCUGAAGAAUGCGCCGCGGUCGACGUUCACCAAUGGGGCAACGUGACCCGCUUACACUUCCUGUUUGUCUCGGGGCCUUUUUUGGAAAUAUGUCGAAGCAGUAACGGCUUCUUUAAUCAUACGCUGAAUGCGAUUUUUGCCAGUCGGACAAUCAGUCAUUUGGGCCCGCGCAGCGUUUUACGUGUCAAAAUCAUCAAAGCGUGUUCGAGAAUCGGACCCUCGUAGUCUCGUUUGUUGCCACGGUAGCAUCGGAAAAUAAGAAUGUUCCGAUGCAGAUGAAGGGGGCAGCUUCCAUAUUUGGAAAUGUUUUGGGAGAAGCGCGCCCUCCCUGCUCCCUCUGCGUAUUCUUGAAGGUUUCAAAUGGCCUUCGUGUUUGUUUUAUGAUUUGACACGUUGCGAUGUUGUUGUUGUUGUUGUUCAUUUUGAAUUGUUUGUAAUGUCGAGAUUCGUAUUGCACACGCGUUGGAUUCUUUUCUGUCGUCCAUUUGGAGGAUCGUUGGUUGACGUGCAAUUUGCCCCUCGGUUCCUUUGUGCGGAUUGUUUUGACUCAAUUGUAAUUCGGUUGUGGCUUUCCUCUUGCUAGAUGUUGUCAGUGAAAUUAUAAUUUCAGCGCGAAUCAAACGUCUCUUCCCUUUUUCUUCAGAACGAUCAGUGCAGUCUGGUCCAAGCAAGCGAGCAACCUCAUUUGAAGAUUCUGGCAACAGGAGCGU